AUGCUCGAGUUACUUACUAUGUUCCAAAAAUCAAGUUUUCAAAACCUUGCGAACGAAAUACCAUUGACCCUAUCACUGGUAAUUUUAAAUGUGUGGUCAGAACAGGAGCCGAGUGUUUUGAUCUUUGCCAGAAACAUAGUUGCUUCGAAUGGUCGUUUACUUCCUUCAUGGCAAGCACUGACACAAGAAUCCACGAUCACUAUAGGUGUCGGUGUAUCCGAAAUAUGUGCCUUUACAAUUACGUUCGUGAGCGGGAUCGCGAUUACACUUGAAGUGAUCGGGUUGGCUUCUAGCGCAACUCCGGCUUCAGUCGCAUCUGAAGCGGUGGUUCCACAAAAUGUUACGCCGUCGUACGACUCCGUCGAAUAUUUCAGUCAUUGGUUCGAUUAUCACCUCAUUUCAUCUAGGAGUGAGCAAGUUGGCAGUAAGCCUCUACUGCAGACUGAUUGGAAAAUAAGUCAAGCGGUCGUUCAACUUCGUUCCAAAGUGUCUUGA